AUGAUCCGCAAACAAGCCCGAGAACGUCGCGACUACCUCUACCGCCGCGCGCUUACCCUCCGCGACGCCGAACUCGCUUCGAAAAGAGCAGCGCUGAAAGCUUCGCUCGCCAGCGGCAAGCCACUGUCAAAAGAUGUCGCCAACGACCAGAACCUACGACAGGAUUUCAAGUACGAUGAGAGCAGAGCGGAUAGAACGGCAGAAGAGGAGCUGGGCUUGGACGACGAGUAUGCGCAGUUGUCGGGCGUGGUAGAUCCGAGGAUAUUGGUCACAACUUCGAGAGAUCCAUCGAGUAGAUUGGGGACGUUCGCCAAGGAAAUCAGAUUACUGCUACCUACGUCGAUACGAUUGAAUCGCGGAAACAUGGUCCUGCCAAACCUCGUCGAAAGCGCGAAAUCCGGUGGACUGAGCGAUAUCGUCCUUCUCCACGAGCAUAGAGGAACACCCACUGCCUUGACAGUAUCACAUUUCCCCCACGGUCCAACCGCCAGCUUCUCAUUACACAACGUCGUCCUCCGCGCCGACAUCCCCAACGCCUCUCGCGGCACAGUCUCCGAAUCCUACCCGCACCUAAUCUUCGAAGGCUUCUCCACCAAACUCGGAGAACGCUGCGUGCAAAUCCUAAAACACCUAUUCCCGCCCCGCGAAGCCACCGCCAAAGUAGGAAACCGCGUCGUCACGUUCAAGAACAUUGAGGAUACGAUAGAGGUCAGGCACCAUGUUUUUGUCAAGACAGGGUACCAGUCUGUGGAACUGGCGGAGGUGGGACCGAGGAUGAGCAUGAGGCUGUUUGAGAUUAGGGCGGGGACGUUGGACAAUAAGGAGGGGGAUGUUGAGUGGCAUCUCAACCAGUACACGAGGACGGGAAGGAAGAAGGAGUAUUUGUAG